UAUUUUAACUCCGAAUAACUCACAAUAUUUAUUGUGACUAAAUAGUUGUAGGUACUUGCUAAAUUUGGCACAGUGCCCAUUAUAAGUUGGGCAAGUUUUUUUUUUGACAGUAGUACAGAUGAGUGUUGUCAGCUAAUGGAAUAGCCCGCUAUUGUGUAGCACUGACAGGGUGUUAACUAGAAGAUAUUGUCCAUAUUUAUACGUUUCUUGAUGUACAGCAUUGAUUUUUUUUUUUAUUAGACUAAUAAUCUCAUUGCCUGUGUGCACCAAAUUACAGCAUUAAGAAGUCGCACACAAUAUCAGGGGUUGUUAAUUAGCUAACUCCAUGUUGUGAUUUGUAGCUAGCUGGCUAAUUGAUUUGAACUGGUUAGCCGGCUGUGCUGUUCGCUUUUUUGUUGCCUAGGUUACCUUUUUGCUUCGUGUACUGGUGAUUUCUUAUAUUUUCAAUGGAAUAAUAGUCGAUAAGUUGAAAUGUCAUUACAUUUUAACGCCGUUCUCACAGGAUCAUACUAACUUAGCGAACUGUUCACUACGGUAGCAAGCAGUGUAGUGUUGACGUUUUAAGCUUUGCCAUGUGUUUUGGGAUCUUGUCUUGUUGUAUUGGUAAAGGAGCAGUUGCUGUAUUGGGCAUUUAUGGUAUGCCUGUGAACUCUGGCAUGAAAUAAGUCAUGUUACAGUGUGUAUUUAGAGAACUGUACGCGGCCCGCUGCUCUGAGUCUGCGGCUCGGCCGGUCGGGAGCGCGCUGGCAAUCGGCACUGCAAAUGUGCAAAUCCAUUCCGUGCGUGAUCUGGUGGUGGGAGAAAACAUGCCACGAACAAAAUACUGUCCCCCAGUCCAACGGCGGAGACUAAAAAACACGCCUUGAAUUGUCACCGAAUGAAACCGGCUUUGUUCAGCGUGUUGUGUGAGAUCAAAGAGAAAACCGGCCUGUCCAUGCGCAGCACUCAGGAGGAGGAACCGCAGGACCCACAGCUCGUACGGCUGGACAACAUGCUGCUGGCGGAAGGUGUCGCAGGACCGGAGAAAGGAGGCGGAGCAGCGGCUGCAGUGUCUGCAGCCACCAGUUCAGGCGGGAUGUCACCCGACAGCUCCCUGGAGCACUCUGACUACAAGAGCAAGCUGAGCCAGAUCCGCACUAUCUACCACACUGAGCUUGAGAAGUAUGAGCAGGCAUGCAGUGAGUUCACAACCCAUGUGAUGAACCUGCUGAGAGAGCAGUCUCGUACACGGCCUGUUUCCCCUCGAGAGAUAGAACGCAUGGUGGCCAUAAUUCAUCGCAAGUUUAGUUCCAUCCAGACACAGCUCAAACAGAGCACUUGUGAGGCUGUCAUGAUCCUCCGUUCUCGCUUCUUAGAUGCCAGGCGCAAGCGGCGUAACUUCAGCAAGCAGGCAACAGAGAUCCUAAAUGAGUAUUUUUACUCCCACCUAUCAAACCCAUACCCGAGUGAAGAAGCCAAGGAAGAACUUGCCAAACAGUGUGGAAUCACUGUCUCUCAGGUGUCCAACUGGUUUGGUAACAAGCGUAUCCGCUACAAGAAGAACAUUGGCAAGUUUCAGGAGGAGGCCAAUCUCUAUGCCAUGAAGACAGCCAUAGGAGCCACGCAGAGUGAGGAGUCUCCACACACUCCAAACUCCACCGGCUCAGGCUCAUUCUCUCUCUCUGGGUCAGCUGAUCUCUUUUUGGGAGUUCCUCCUAUGAAUGGAGAACAGACAGCCUACCACAUGGGAGCUCAGGACUCCCAGUCCCGUUUUUCGGAGAGACUCUACAGCCCCAGAGAGAACCGGACUAAUGGAAGCUGGCAGGAACCAGGCUCUCCCCCUUCGGUAACAUCUCCUGGGAGCGACCACUCGGAGAACUCCAACUGACGCCCCAUGCCCUUUGCAUCGAGGUUUCUCUGGGUAGAGGGAAGGGGUGUGUCUGUGCUGGUGACUGACAGAGGAGACUGAUUGAUGUCCCACUCCGGCUGGCGUUUUGUUUUUUUUUUUCUUCUUUUUUUUUUUUUUUUUUUUAAAAAGCGUCCAUUUAGUGUACAUCACCAUCCUGUUUGUAUGAAUCUGCGUGUGUGAGGUCUGUAUGUCAUUUAGUACUGGGAUUGGGUUUUUCACCACUUUACCUACUUGUUACUGCCGUGUGAGAGCUGAAUGAGAGACUGGGAGGGCUUGGGGAAACUACAUUAUCACUGAUAUUAUUGCUAUAUUACUAUAACUAUUUUAACCCUUUUUUUUUUCUAGCUCAGAUAAUAGGUGAAAGUACAGUGUGAGGACAAGGUGGCAAUAGAGAUAAAUCCAAAGAUUGUUGUUUUUUGUGCUUGUUUCACCUUUUUUCUACUGAGCUUGUGUGUGAGUGUGCGUGUGUGUGUGUAUCUAUUAUAUGAAUGAGUUGGAUGUGUCUUGUCUAUAUUUACAGUUUGAAUGAGUGUAUUAAAACAGUGCUGUCUUUUCUGUACAGUGAAACACCUGUAUUCUCUACCUCUUUUGCAAUAAAGACUGUCUGU